CAACUGUAAAGCCAAGACAACAUGAAGAUGCACAUUCUGAUGGUGGUGGCUGUAGCCGCACUGGUCUCCAGUCUGGCUGAGGCACGGAUCGUGUCCAAGUGUGAGCUGAAAGGCCUGCUUGAAGCAGCAGCUCUCAAGAUGCCGAGCCACAACCACACAGGAAUGUCAGAGGCUGACUUCAUGGCCAAAAUUGUUUGCCAUGUGGAGAAGACUUAUGGUUUCAACACCAGCGUGGUGACUGUUGUGGACCCUGACACUAUCUCCCCUCAAAUGCGGAGAAAGAGAGGUGCUGGAAAAGGCGGCAAGUUCGACUUGGCUAAGUACGUAGGUGAAAAAGGUGGUAGCAAGUCAGGAAGCAAGUCAGGUAGCAAGUCAGGUAGCAAGUCAGGUAGCAAGUCUUCAUCUGGAGAGGACUCAAGUGAAGAGAGUGGCAGUCAUGAGGAACACCAAGACACUGUGUGGACUCUGUAUGGCUUGUUCCAGCUGGGCGACCAUUUGAUCUGCUCCUCUGGCUCCUCUGUGACCCCUAAUCUCUGCCAGAUGAACUGCACUGACUUGAUUGAUGACAACAUAAGUGAUGACAUCACCUGUCUGGAAACAAUCAAGAUGAAACUGGAAACUGGUCCACCAGAACUAGCGGAAUCCUUCAUAAGAACGUGAGUAUACAAAUAUAAG